UAUUGAUGAUGAAAUAUGCCAAAAUCCAAAAGCUUCUAAUAGAAAAAUAAUAAUAAUUUAGCUAGUACUGUACUACAAUUUCCUCAAAUCAACUCCCUUUAAGACCCCAUAGAAAUUUCAGUGUAAAUUGUGAUAAAGAAAUAUAGUAUGGAGGCAAUUAAUGCAGUAAGAUUGACACCUCUCUCUGUUCUUUCUGAUAGAAGAAAUGAGGCCAAGAAAAUCCCACCACACCCCAUUUCUUUCCCAUUCAAGAAUCUUUGUUCAGUUGAGAAUUUAUCAAGAAAUGUUCAAGGGGGUUUAGUACUUGUAUCAUCAGUUCUAAAUACAGGCUUAGCUAAAGCAUUAACAUAUGAGGAGACACUUGAGCAAUCUGCAACAAGUCCAGGUGCUGAGUUUGAUGCAACUGCAGUUGUGGAAACUGUGACCACUUUUGCAUCAGAGAAUCCUAUAAUUAUAGCUGGUGGAUUUGCUGCUUUGGCUUUGCCAAUUGUUCUGUUUCAGGUUCUUGGAAAGCCACCUAAGUCAUGGGGUGUUGAGUCUGCUAAGACAGCUUAUGCAAAAUUGGCAGAUGAUGCAGGUGCACAGUUGCUUGAUAUAAGACAACCUGCAGAAUUGAGGGAGGUGGGGAGUCCUGAUAUUAGGGGUUUGAAGAAGAAGCCAGUUACUGUUGUUUAUAAGAGUGAAGAUAAGACUGGUUUCUUAAAAAAGUUGUCUUUGAAGUUCAAGGAGCCUGAGAAUACUACAUUGUUCAUUCUAGACAAAUUUGAUGGAAACUCUGAACUGGUUGCGGAGUUAGUCACAGAAAAUGGAUUUAAAGCUGCUUAUGCAAUCAAAGAUGGUGCUGAAGGACCCCGGGGAUGGCUGAACAGCAGCCUUCCUUGGAUUCUUCCUAAGAAAACAUUGGGUCUUGAUCUGAGCAAUCUGUCUGAUGCUCUUGAUGGUGUUCUUGGGGAAGGUUCUGAUGCUGUUACUGUAGGCUUAGGUGUUGCAGCAGCUGCUGGUCUUGGGAUUUUAGCCUUCUCAGAGGUAGAAACAAUUCUCCAACUGUUGGGUUCAGCUGCACUUGUCCAACUGGUUAGCAAGAAACUCCUGUUUGCAGAGGACAGAAAGAAAACUCUGCAACAAGUUGAUGAGUUCCUCUCCACUAAGGUUGCUCCAAAGGAACUGGUAGAUGAGAUUAAGCAAAUAGGGAAGGCUCUUCUUCCAGACUCGGUGAGUAGCAAUGCUCUAUCUGCACCUGUAGAGGCAAGCCCUGCUGCAGCCACCAGCACUGUUGAGGAAACUGAAUCAGUUGCUAAGGAGGAUAUUGCACCGCCUAAAGUAGAAGCAACUUCCCCGCCUACUCCAGAAGUCAAUGCAGUCCCUAACGCUGAAGUCAAAGCUGAUGCACUACCUGAAAGUUCAAGGCCACUCUCGCCUUAUCCUAAUUAUCCUGAUCUCAAGCCUCCAACAUCGCCGAUGCCUUCACAACCAUAGAACUGGACAUGCAGGCUGCCAUAUAGUCUAGUUAACAAAUAAGCAUAGCUAGCUAUAGCCUAGUUUGGAAUGGAAGCUCCUACUCUGUGAAAUUUUGAAUAUUACAUAACAUUCAUUUGAAGAAAAUUUCUCUAGUGCCAGAGAGAUCAUAGUUCUCAACACUUUAAUAUGUCUUGUAUUCCAUCUUUGUAGAAUAUUAUUGGAUAUCAUGUAGAUACAAAGCUUUAUCAGUUGUUUACAAAUAAAAUUACAUUUGAGGCA